AUGUACACUGCAGAAGAAGUGGUCACCCACGCAGUGGCGGCAGCUCGUGAAUGGUUCAAUGCGCAGAGCAAGGAACAGCGACAUAGCCCACACCCCCAAGCAAGCCGAACAACCUCCCCCCGAGAAGCUGUGAUUCAAACUGAUGCAGCCUGGAAAAUCGACACAAGGACAACAGGACUGGGAUGGUCAAUCAGGAAAACAGGGGAAACCCUGAACUUCCAAUCGGUGAACUGCUUUGUAAUCUCUCCUCUCAUCGCGGAGGGUUUGGCCAUGCGAGAGGCAGUUAAGAAAUGCAAAGAGCUGGGACUCCGGCACAUCAGACUGGAAUCGGAUUCUGCUCAACUUAUUAAAGCUCUACGGUCGAAGUUGGAACCUCCGGAGAUCUACGCGAUCAUCUCAGACAUUAGAAUUAACUGUCUUGCCUUUGAAACUGUUUAUUUUGCUUGGAUUCCUAGAGCAAAAAACUCUGUUGACGAUGGUUUGGCUAAACAGGCUUUGGCUUUGUAUCAAGUGGUUUAA